GCUUGCAUCGUCUUCUUUGAUGAUGUGGACGCGAUAGGUGGUGCUUGGGUUGAUGAUGGUGUGGGUGGAGACAAUGAGGUCCAGCAUACAAUGCUUGAAAUCCUGAAUGAGCUCGAUGGCUUUGAUGUUCAAGGAAACAUCAAAGUUUUGAUGGCAACAAACAUGCUUGACACGCUAGAUCCAGCAUUGUUGCAUCCUGGACGACUAGAUUGUAAGGUUGAGUUCAGUCUGCCUGAUUUGGAGAGCAGGACACAAAUAUUCAAGAUCCACACACGGACAAUGAAUUGCAAGAGAGACAUCUGGGGCAGACAUCAGGAGUGUAUGCACUUAGGUGGGGAUGUUUGCUAUCUGGGUGAGGAGGAAGACAGUGACGAAGAAAGAUUUCCUUGAUACGGUCAACAAGGUCAUCAAAGGCUAUCAGAAAUUCAGUGCGACUCCUAAGUACAUGGUCUACAACUAACUGAGACCAUUUACUGCCCUCCCCUGACCUUUCUUGACUUGGUCCUGGUGGGGCAAUGUGCUGGCAUCCAUUCAUCGGUUGCCAUGUGGGUUAUUUGUAACACAACAUUCCGAUAUUCUUCUACAAGGUAAGAGGGUUGGUAUAUCUAAAAAAAUCUCAAAAACCACAUCUGCUGGGCAGCCUAAGAUUCUUUUUAAAUAUGGUAUAUCUCUGAUUCGUCAGUAACCUCUACCAUUUUUUUUCUAUUCAAGUGCUAUUGACUCUCUUAUUGUAUUUGAAAUAUAACUAGUUUGUGAAAUCUCUUUCAGUUGACCGAAUGAAAUUCGAGGGUUUAGCUCCACCCAAUAAUGUGUAUUCAGCAGUGUCGCCUUCUUCAAGGUAUUAUUUUAAUAUAACAUAUGAAAAGUCUUAAAGAUAAGGCAUUCUCUUUGUGUUGAUUCAUUUUUCUGUUCAAGACUAUGCUUUCUCUUAGCGUCAGU